CCCCGCAGCGCCCGGCCUCGCCCUUCGCCAUGACGGUCCCCCGCGGCACGCCCCACGCCUCGCAGACGGCGCCCGUGGCCGAGUUCCGCUGCCUCUACACGGCCGACGUGCGCAAGAAGCAGAAGAAGUGGCAGGAUGGCUUCCUCAAGUUCCACGCCUUCAACAGCCGCGUCAUGGUGUACGACCACGCCCGCAACUUCCUCGGCGACACGUACUACAAGGACCGCGACGCGCUGGCUGAAGGCGACGAGCUGACGCUGGACAAGGGCGUGCUGGUCGAGGUCGCCGAUGCCCUCGGCGUCACCCAGACGGACCUGGCCCCGCUGUUCGAGCGGAGGCCGCAGGGCGUGGCGGGUGCCUCGAGUGCGUCGGGCGUGCCGAGUGUGCCGAGGGUGCCGCUGGGGGCGCCGCUGAGUGUGCCGCCGAGUGCACCGCGACGCUUCCAACCGCCCUCACACGUCGCCCGUCCGGCAGCCUCCUCUGCUGUCCGUCCGUCGGUCUCGCACGUGACCCGACCACCACCAAUCGCUCCUGCCGUCCGACCGCCCACUGCUGCCACUCCUGCCGCGCGACCACCACCCACUACUGCUACUACCACUGCCUCCACCGCCACCGCCACGACUACCCCCCGCACCGCCCAGCAGCUGCGCCACAAGUCACUCAACACCCUGCUCGGCACCCCGAAAGGACCCAUUGGCAAGUCGGUGCCCAUCACCUCGCCUUACGAGGCCCGUCAGGAGCAGCAGCGCGAGAAGGAGAAUGACUUCGCCGUGGACCGGGCCGCGAAGAGGCAGAAGACCACCCACCGGCCGACAACCUCAGUGACAUCCCCAGUCGCACCAGCGACAACCUCAACCACCCGUUUGUCCAGUCCAGUCCAAGAGAGCCCCGUCCCGAGAAAGAUCCUGCCACCGCCGGUGAGGACUUCUACCAUGUCAGCGAAGGCUCCUGCUGUUUCAGCGCGCAAGCCAGCACGACCACUACCGCAUGACACGCCAGUUGUCAUCCUAGACGAACCGGACGCCGUCGCUCCUCCCUCUUCCGACCCCUCGCUGCCUGACACAUCCCCUGACGUCUCACGGACACCAUCUAGGCCUGCCACGCCACCACCCGUCAGACCUGUGGUUGCUGCGAAGCAAACGCCCAGGAUCCCUCGGGGGAGGGUCCCCGUUCCGAGCGUGAAAGCACUGGAGACACCUCGAGCCCCGGCACCGCCAUCCUCACCACCAGUCAGCGCCUCGAACCGCUUGACGAACGUCGACUUUGCUGUUCAGCCUACGCCGAUUAAAGCGCCUGCUAAGGGAGCGAAACAGCCCUCGCCUUUGCCUUCGCUGGAGCCUCCGAAGUCGCCCCCUCGAAAUCCCAAAGCAAAGUCACUGCGGCUGUCCAAAGGCGUGAAGCGUGGCACACUGAUGAUUUGCCAGCCCACACCAGCCCUGCCACCUUCAAGGCACUCUAGUGAAGCUCGAGUGCUGGCCAAGAAGCCGAGUGUAGCGAGACGAUCCAACACUCCCAAUCGAAGGUCGCCCACGCCGCCGGCCGUGCAAGACACAUCCACUGCUUCGAUUGCCUCGAAGGCUAAGAGGAGAGCAGGCCGAGAUACCGUGGAAUGCGCGCGACUUUCUGAAGUGUCACUCGACGAGUUCGACGACGACCAGGAGUUGAUGCACGGCUUGAUGGAUCAGCAACUCUUGGUGUCUGCAAUACCGCCAGAGCCUAUCGCGAUACCUAGCAGUCCUGAAGUGGUCCUUUCUCGGCCAAAGGCAGCCAAAGCGGUGCCCACUACUCGUAAAACAGCACCACGAAAGGCAAGAGAGUCGGCAUCAGUCAAGACGCCACCUCCUCCACCCACCAGAUCAAACAAGCCAGUUCAGAACCCACAGGUGAUACGAGACCCGUCCCCGCCAGCUGCGAUGAAUGCUGAAGCAGCGGAUGUGCAGAGCAGAGCUGCCUCACCUGCUCUCAGUGUGUUGUCAGAUUCACGGUCACGAACAGCGUCGCUGUCACCUCGCAAGCUUGCUGCAUUGUCGACAGGCGGGUUUCGUAGAAAUCCCAAGAGCGCAACACCGCAGCCAAUUCUAGCCCCAGCACAACGCAACGAGACCGUCGCUCUGCCGCCACAUCCUCUGCGUGCCAAUAAGAAAGGCCCGCUGAUGACCACAACCGAGCUUGCAGCCAUGCUGCAACAGCCAAAGAAGAAGCGGCGCGCACCCGCUGACCCCAUCGAGGAUGAAGGCGAGACAGCAGAGACAUCACCAAACCGCAAGUUUCGACGCGUACGUAGUGAAAACGACGCACCGAUCCCGAGCACAAGCGAGGACUGGGAGAAGAGGAACGCGCCAAAAGCCCCCCUUGCAGCUACCGAAACGCUUAUCGCCGACACCGCAGUCCCUAAGAAGAGAUCCGGGCUUGCAGCGCUCAUCAAGAAGACUGAUCCACGUAAGAAGUUUGUCAGAACGCAGAGCCUCACGGUAGAAACCACCCUCCCUCCUGCCCAUGCCACAGAGUCACCCAUGGUGAGCCCGGUGGUGGAUAAAGACAUUGGGCCAUGGAGUACGGAGGCGUUUGAUCUGUUUGAUUGGAGGCCACCGGGACGAGAGGAGCUGGGGGCUUGA